AUGGAGGACGAGCAGGUUCCAGACAGCACCAACGCGGGCGAGAUCUUCGAUUUGAUUCGCUCCAUCAAUGACCCGGAGCAUCCCCUGACGCUAGAAGAAUUGAACGCAGUAGAACAAGUCCGGGUUCCGGAGCCCUGGAAGAAUUACUGCUCAGCUCUGCCCAUCUGGCAGCUGCUGAAGCCAAACCCCUGCCAGCUGGAACCACUGACCCGGUACCUUGUAGCUGUUACCGCUGGGUCAAAGGCAGCCCCGCAGUCCAUCCAGCGGCACUGCCGCGUUGAGAGAGGGGAAGGAGGAGCUCCCGAGGGGUGGACGCGGGUGCCUGUGACUUUACCAAGUGACAACAACAUCCUUGUGAAAGGAUUAGAGGCAGUGGAUCCAGUAGGAUUGAUGUGCCAUUUUAAUGCAUGCGAAUCAGCCUGUAAAAAAGCUCCCACAUGCUGCGCUAAGUGUCCAACCUCCCCACUUGAUGAACCUGCAUCCGGGUCUGGAGUUAUAUUUGUCCACCUGCGGAAUGGACAGGGCACCCAGCGCCGUAUGGCGUGA